UCUCUCUUUCCACAAACAGGCACCGGUAAUCGCAAAGAUAACCUAAACCCUAGUCUUCUCUCUCUUUCUCUCUUUUUAGACUUUGAGUUCAGUUUUAUUUGUUCUUUCCUAAUCUCUCUUAAUAGAUAGAUAUAUAUGCAUGUCUGUGUGUAUAUUUAUAGGUUAGGAUUGGAGUAGUAAAAGAGAGAUUUCGAUUUUCCGACUAUGGCAACGGAGAAUAGUACUAAUACGGCGUCGACUUCGAGAUCGAAUUCGACGGCCGAUUCAUAUAUAGGAAGCUUGAUAAGCUUGACAUCUAAGAGUGAGAUCAGAUACGAGGGAAUUCUUUACAAUAUCAACACGGAAGAAUCCAGUAUUGGAUUGAAAAACGUGCGGUCAUUUGGAACAGAAGGACGGAAAAAAGAUGGUCCACAAAUCCCUCCCAGUGAUAAAGUUUAUGAAUACAUACUAUUCCGUGGAAGUGACAUUAAGGACCUACAGGUUAAGUCUUCUCCCCCUGUUCAGCCUACCCCACCUAUAAACAAUGAUCCAGCUAUUAUACAGUCUCACUAUCCUCGUCCAGUUUCUACAUCUGCUAGCUUGCCGCCUGCUGUUAGUGGGCCUUUGACUGAUAUAGGAUCUCAUAAUGCACAAAUGGGACUACCUGGGUCUAAUUUCCAAGGUGGUCUGCCUUUAUAUCAACCUGGAGGGACCAUAGGAACUUGGGGAGCUUCUCCUGCUCCCCCUAGUGCAAAUGGUAGUGGGCUUGCUAUGCCAAUGUAUUGGCAAGGUUACUAUGGCCCUCCAAAUGGGCUUCCUCAUUUACACCAGCAAUCUUUGCUUCGACCACCACCUGGGCUGUCUAUGCCUCCCUCCAUGCAGCAGCCAAUGCAAUAUCAAAACUACAAUCCUCCUUUACCUGCUGGUGCCCCAAACUUGCCUGCUUCGAACUUGCCUACUUCAAACAUACCGGGUUCAAACUUGCCAGCUGCAAACUUGCCUACUUCAAACAUACCUGGUACAAACUUGCCAUCUUCACUACCAGAUAUUCCUUCUCCUUUACUUUCUGCAAGUACUAGUUCCCUUAAUUUAGCCCCUACACCUUCCUCAGCACCUGUACCGCCAACAUUGCCUUCAACUUUACCCCCAGUGCCAUCUGCUACUCUAGCUUCUGAAACGUUGCCAAGUUUGAUUCCUAACAAGACUUCUAGCACUGCACUUCCUCCAGCCAAUUUAAGCUCCAGCUUGCCAGUACUAUCUGCCUUGACAUCCUCUGGCUCAGAAUUAAAUACCAUUUUGCCACCAAUCUCUAACAAGCCUAAUGCUAUAUCAGCUCCAACAAUCCCAUAUCAAACUGCUGCACAAUCUACAUCUUCAACUAUGGCCUCUAAUUCUCUUCGCUCAGAAGCACCAACACCUUCAUUGGUAACUCCAGGUCAACUAUUGCAGUCUGGACCUGCCACAGUCCCUUCAUCACAACCUGUGCAAACGGCUCAUAAAGAUGUGGAGGUGGUUCAAGUAUCAUCAUCAUCAUCAAUUGAACCAUUGGUGCCGGUCGUUAGUGAAGCUCAGCCGCCAAUUCUCCCAUUACCUGUUCCAGCACGGACAAGUCAGAAGCCUAAUGGGGCUCCUUUCCAUUCCCGUCAUGGUUACAGGGGGCGUGAAAGAGGAAGAGGAACUGGGACUUCACGUCCUGUGACAAAAUUUACUGAGGAUUUUGAUUUUACGGCAAUGAAUGAGAAAUUCAAGAAGGAUGAAGUAUGGGGUCAUCUUGGUAAGAGUAGCAAAUCUCAUUCAAAGGACAAAGAAGAUGGAAAAGACAGUGAUGAAGAUGAUUCUCAAGACGAAGAUGAUGAUGAAGUAACUAAGGUUGUGGUUAAGCCUGUCUAUAACAAGGAUGACUUUUUUGAUUCUCUCUCCUGCAAUGCACUUGAUCAUGAUUCUCAUAAUGGAAGGACUAAAUUCUCUGAGCAAAUGAAAAUAGACACCGAGACUUUUGGCGACUUUCAAAGGUACCGAGGAGGCAGGGGCGGUCGUGGUACUCCACGUGGCGGUCGUUCUCGUGGAUCUUAUCAUGGAAGGGGAUAUAGCUAUGGGUAUGGGUAUGGGUAUGGGUAUGGGUAUGCUGGGAGGGGCAGGGGCCGGGGCAUGCCUAAUCGAACCUCUUAGGCAGUGGUCAGUAUUUUGAAAAUAGUAAGUGGGGUAAACUUAGUGCCCAAUUGCCCGUCAAGCAACAGACUAAUAUAGGGCUAUGCUUGCAGUGUGUUUUUCUGAUAGAGAAUAAAGGGUAGGAUGUGCUCUGUGUUUCUUAUUUUGUCCAUUUGCAUUCCCUUUCGUUUAACAGUCCCAGUGGAGCUAAUGAAGCAGCAUAAUAUUUCAAUUGAAACAAGAAUUGUUUGUUUACCAUUCAGGUGUUAUCGCAGAUUUCUUAUCUUUGGUUUCUCGUUUA